CUUAUGUCACAUCUUGGUUCUCUUGGCCGACACAUCCAUCUCUCUUCCUCAAAAUGCAACAUGCAGCCCUCUCGAAGAAGUGCUCGUAUGAAACAAGUCAUGGAGACUACUGAAACAGCUUCAUCUCCGUCUCUCUCGACUGGUCCCUCCAGCUCUCGCAAGCGUCAUCGCAAGCGAACUGCUUCCUCGACUGCUCCGCCACCAAAAUCUUCCCUGCCGCAUGCUGAGUCUCUCUCAGCCUCGUCUGAAGAUGAAGGUGACAAUUUCCUUCCCAAGGAACCUCGCUACGAGGCCAGUCGCGAGAUCUUUGAAGCAAGGGCUCGUGAGUUUUCCCAUCUGAUGCGCCCUAAGAGGACACCCAUUACCGCUCGUUUUAUCUCGGUUUCCGCUUUGGAGAGAUAUCAAGCCCUUAAACCUCGUAAGUUCAUCAAUCAGCAAAGGCUCUCCCUCACAGACGAAAAACUCUUUGAUGUUAAGAAGGUUGUUGUCGACUCGGGGUUGAUCUACACUCUCAUUGAUUCUGACUCGUAUCAACCAACGGUGGUGAGGGAAUUUGUGGCUAAACUGUUGGAUGCUGAAGAACGAGACGAUGGCGUGGCUGUCUAUGUUAGAGGAUCGUUGGUAGAUGUCUCGCCAAGCUUGAUCAAUUCGAUGUACUGCAUACCGGGUUUUGAAGAGGAUCCAAAUUGGUUGGAUGAAAACAUCGAUCAUGUUUGUGGAUUUCUCACUGACAAUCGAAUCAGGCGCUGGGAAAAUAUGAGCUCCAAGUAUCUCACCGCUACAAAUCAAGUGCUGUACAAGCUUGUCUGCUCUAACUGGAUUCCCACAAUGAACUACACAACGAUGAAUCAGGAACGUCUCAGGUUUAUCUAUAUGCUUUACCAUCACCGGGGUUUUGACUUUGGAAAGAUCGUCUACAAUCAAAUCAUGUCGAUGGCUGAGACGACUAAGGGGGACAAGAAACGUAGAAUCAUCUUUCAGACACUCAUUCAGCAGGUUCUGCUUCUCCAACGCAUAGUGCCACCUGACACCAGCGAUGUAGACAUCACUGGCUUUCCUAAGUUAGUCGUGAAGGAUAAGAAAAUUGGGAUAGGGUCAGGUGCUGAUUCAAGACCCCCAAAUCUCGAAGAGGACAUAGCUAGUACCAUUGCUAGUCUCAAGGCCAUUCGGAUUCGUCUAAGGAGGGGAGAGUAUGCCAGUACGUGGUGCAACAGGAGGUGGAUGAAGAUGAAGAUGAAGACGGUGAUGUUGAUGAAGACAGUGACAGUGACGGAAGUGCGAGUUCUUAGUUGUUCGGUUUCCAGUGUGAUAUAUUAAUUGUCCUUCGGUUGAUGUGUACUUGGUUAUUUGACUUUCUUAUUUAUGUGUUGUUAAAACUUCUCGCUGAUGAUUGACUAAGAAUGUGUUUCCAGUUA